AUGUAUCAGCGAAUACGAUUAGCACUUCUUAUUCUAAUCUUUGUUACUUCCUUACUCACUCUCGUCUUUGUAAUAGUUAAUUAUGAAGAAACAAAAAGUCAAAAAGGGCAAAUACCGCUGCCAAGAGUAAAUGAAUGGCUUGAUUGGUGCAAAAAGUACAACAUGACAUUCGAUAGCGCAGCUGAAAAUAUAUAUCGCCACUCGGUUUGGCUUAAAAACUAUGAGAUGAUUCAACGACACAACUCUUUAAAUACCAGUACUUAUAAAAUGGGCCUCAAUCAGUUCUCCUACAUGGAACACUGGGAGUUUGUGGAAAUGAACCUCAGGCGAAGGGGUGUCAUUAAGGAUAGCAAUGAACCAGACACGCCGGAAACCACCAUGACAUUACCAGAUAUCGCCGCUACAACUGCUGGGAAUUGCCUAUCAACUAAUCUUGACUGGAGGGACAAAUUUCCAUCGAUUACAGCAAGAGAUCAGAGUUCUUGUGGAGCAUGCUGGGCGUUUGCAUCCACAGCGGUGUUGGAAUGGCACUGGGCGAUACACGAUGGACAUGCCCUAUCUAUCUCACCGCAACAAGUGGUUGACUGUGUCCGAGCGAGCCAUGGAUGCAGUGGUGGAUUAAUCGAACACGCCCUCUAUUAUGCUCAAACACAUGGAAUUGCCACGGAAUUGGACUAUCCUUACAAAUCUAGAGUCACACAAUGCAUGGAAAAUUCAACAAGAGCCGCUGUCAAAAUUAGGGGCUAUGCCACACUGCUGGAAAUGGAUGAGAAUGCACUUGCCUGCGUUGUCCAACGAGUUGGACCAAUUGCGAUCGCAUUCGACUUCAGUGGAGCUGGUCUCCAGCACUACAAAUCAGGAAUUUAUGACGGCACUGACUGUAGUACUGAGCUACUCAAUCACGCCAUGGUACUGGUGGGUUUCGGUACAGACUCCAAGGGCAACAAAUAUUGGAUCGCUCAGAAUUCCUUCUCGCAAAAUUGGGGUGAGAAUGGUUUCUUCCGCCUAAAAUUCGGUGUCAAUCUCUGUGGAAUAAAUUCAGACCCAGUCCUCCCAAUAGUUUAG